AUGCUGCCCAACACCCACCUGCAGCACCCCUCUUCAACCCGCCUUUCUCCCUCACCCCUCCCAUUUCUUCCCCUCCCCAACACCCCCCUCACCCGCCCUCCUCACCAGCCUAUCUACGGCGACCAUCCCAGCCCUUCACUCUGGCAGCUGCUGCGGCGCCGCCACCUCCUGCACCCCACUGGCCUCCCCCUCUUCAAACCCCUCUCCUCCCCCACCUCUCCCAUUUCUUCCCCACUUGACCCCCUGCUUCCCUCUCCACCAGCCCAUAUACCAAGACUGCAACCGUCCCACCCGUCUCUCUGGGAGUUGCUGCGGCGCACCCACCUCCUCCACCUCGUCGGCCUCCCCAUCUUCAACCCCCUCCCCCCCCCACCUCCCUUUCUUCCCCUCCCCAACCUCCCCCCCCCACCUCCCCCCAACUCCCCCCCCUCCCUCCAGCCCAUAUACCAGGACUGCGACCAUCCCAGCCUGUUGCUCUGGCAACUCCUGCGUAGGCGCCACCUCCUGCUGUACCCACCUCCCAUAUACCAGGACUGCGACCACCCCAGCCCGUUGCUCUGGCAACUGCUGCAGCGCUGCCACCUGCUGCACCCCUCUGGCCUCCCUCUCUUCAACCCUGACUGGUCCUACCGUCAACACCACGCCCCUCUCUCUGCUGCUGAGGCGCGCACCUUCCCACCCGUCUGGCUGGUGGUGCUGGCGAGUCGGCUAGAGGGCGGGGCGAGGGCGCUGGUGAACAAAUUGGAGGUAGAGACGAUGCUGGUGCGACGGUUUGGGCGAAAGCGAGUGGUGGUGUUUGAUGGCUCAAUGCCCAUUCUGCAAGCCCGCCUGCUGUUCCGGCGGACCCGCUUCCUCAUGGGGGUGCACGGAGCAGCGCUCACCAACACCAUCUUCAUGCCCGAGGGGGCCGCGCUGCUGGAGAUGCGCCCUAGGGAUUGUCACAUCACCGUCUUCCACCCCCUUUGCUGCCGCCUGUUCCAUCGCAUACCAUCUGUUGCUCGCUCAGGGGAAUUGCUCUUCUCCUGA